AUGGUAUAGUAUCAACAGCAGUAUUAUAAUGGAGGUGAUAUGUUCUAUCCUUAAGCUUAGUUAACUUAAGAUAUAUAAAUGCAGUCUUAACCUUAUACUCAAUAAUAGCUAUCAAAUUAGUAGUAUCAAUAUUACUAGCAGCAGUAGUAACAACUUUAUUAGGGAUCAAUGAUGCCGAAUAAUCUAGAUACCAGCCAAUAUAUGCAAAUGUUUCUAAAUUAAUAAUAACAUUAGCAAAAUUCAGUCUUUACCUAAAGCACUCUACCUUAAUCAACUAUAUAGCAACCAUAGGCAACUUAAGUGUCAUAAUAGUAGCCUUACAUUCAAAUAGUAAAUUAGACUAUUAAUUAGACCAUUCCAAAUAUCAACAUUAGCCCUAUCAUUACUAAUUUAGAUAUUGCAGUAGAUCAACAACCUUCUUAAGUAUGGGUUCCUUAGAAGAAGCCCCUAAGUUUGUAAGAAUAAAAGAGAUAGGAGAGAAUCAAAUAGAUCCAAAAAUAUAUAGAAGAAAAAAAUGAGAAGAACUUUAUAUCAAAAGCUGAUAAGAUGUUUUAAAAACUUAGCAAAAUUGCAAUUAAGACCAAAGAUUCAUUAAGAGGAGUAGGAUCAUUAGAAUUAAAUUUCAUUCAUGAUUUAGAGCAGUAGAAAUAAAGAAUCAGACAUUCUAAUAAGCUAGGUUAGGACAUUGAAAAAAUAACUAAUACAAUUGAAUUAAAUAAAUACAGAUUUUCACUACGAAUGAGUAUGAAUGAUCUAAUAUGUGAAAAAAGACCAAGUAUACAGAAAAAUGGUAAGAUGUCCAAGUAUUCUUAAUUGACUUAUAAAUUAAACUUGAUAAGUCCGUUCAAACCAAAGAAAGACAGGAAAAAGAAACCCUUAUUCUAUGUAAGUGAUCAUUGCUAUUUGAGGCUGACUUCAAACCUGAUAAAUCAAUAUGCAUACUGUGGAGAUAAUUUUGAGUAAAAUAUUUUUGUUCUUGAUGGCAUAAGACUUAAAAUAAUCUCUAAAGAUAAUCUAUUAUUUAAAUUCAAUAAGAACUAUAGCAAAAUUUACAAUGAAAAAGAUGAACUUAAUUUUGAUAUAGAUAUGGACUAAGACUUAGAAAUAGCACUUUAAGAAAAUGAAAUUGCUUUUUAGAAUUAAAAAUCAAAUGAUUUAAAUGCCAAUGAACAUAUAAAUGCUAUUCCUAAUGUGAUUCCUUCAGUCAAAGACCUCUAAGAGUUAUAGGAACUUUCAUCUUACAGGAAUUAGCAUCAAUAAAUGAAACCUAUAUCACAAGUGCUUUAAUAUAGACUAUAAAAAGACUUGCAACCGUCUUUAGAAAAGAGAAAUCCAUAAAAUGAAUUAAUGAAGUUAUAUACUAUAGAAGAAAUGUUUAAAUCUUUAAAGGCUGAUUAAAUUCCCACUAUUUGUGGUGUUCUUUAAAACCUCAAACUAAUAUCUGAAUCAUAUGAAGAUUUACCAGAUGCCUAAACAAAAAAUAAGUUAGAUCAUCUGAGACAUACAUAUUCUGGGGAAUUGUUGAGUAUCCUAGAUGAAAAUAUAAUCACAAUAAUUCUGAUUGAGGAGGGAUUUUCUAACAUUACUUAGAAUUUGCUGAUUGGACCUACCAUAGUAGUGCUGCAUUACCCAAAAAGAUAACUUUCUAGCAAUUUGGAAAUAUAUUUAGAGACUAAGAUAAAUGAAUAGAGUAUCCAUAUUAUUGCAAAUCCUGAGUAGAACUUUUUAUCACCAAAGCAAUGCAUAUAAGAUUUUAAGGACUAAUAAUUAACUAUGAUUAAUUAUAUAUCACCUGAGAUUAUAACGAGAAAUCAACUCUUAAUUAAAGCAAGGAUAAUUGAUAUAAACUUUAUCAAAUUCGAGUUUGUUUGCUAAUUAUGUAAGGGAGGAACCCUACUUUCCUCAGCGAAAUGUAUAAACUCCUGUAGCAGACCAAGACCUUUGAUGAAGAUAAAUAUGAGAUGCACAAUCAAAGAUGAACAUGACGGAGAGGCCUUUAUCUCUCUGAAUGAUGAGAGAUGCUGCAAAGUUUUUGGCAUAGAUUACUAUAAUAUCGAUACAUUUAAGGAUUAUUUCUUCACACAUGGAGUCUUUUACUAUAAAUCAUACUAGAAGUUUACAGCGGAAUAUGGAGCAGUACUUGAGUUCUUCAAAAACUCUCAAACUUAGAAAUAAUACAUAUUCCUAUGUGUACCUUAUUGCAAAGUAGGCUAUGAUGAACUAUCCCUAUUCAGCUAGACUUGCAAUUAAGACAAAUUAAUUGGCAUGAUAAAGAGAUGUCUAAGACUUAAGUCAACUGAGUAAGCUUUACACAAGGAUAUUUAAGAUGAAUUUAACAAGCAGUUGGAGAAGUAUCAAAUGCAAAAGCAAGUAUUUGUAAAUGGAGAAAUCAGAGAAGCUAUUGAUUUUUCAAACAAAAAGGUCCUUAGAUCGUUCAUAUGCUUGAAAGGAGUUAAGAUCAUUGAUGAGAAGAAAUAAUAAAGUAGUAAUAAUAAGAAAAAGAACAUAGCACUAAAUUUUGGCAAAGAAGCAUUUAAUGAGUUAUAUUCUAAGUAUAAUUGA